CGCGGCUCCCGCGCCCGCCGACCCGCGGCACCGGCCUCCGUGCCGGCUCUGAGGCGUAAGGGCCCCAGCCUCCUCCGUCUUCCUCACGCGACAUGGCGAGCGCUGGCGCCUCCAAGGCCGAGAUCAUCGGGGGAGGGAAAUACAAACUGGUGCGGAAGAUCGGGUCUGGCUCCUUCGGGGAGGUUUAUCUGGCCAUCAACCUCACCAACGGCGACGAAGUGGCGGUGAAGCUGGAAUCCCAGAAGGCCAAGCAUCCCCAGUUGCUGUACGAGAGCAAACUCUACACCAUCCUCGAAGGCGGGGUGGGCAUCCCCCACGUACACUGGUAUGGUCAGGAAAAAGACAGCAACGUGCUGGUCAUGGAUCUUCUGGGACCCAGCCUCGAAGACCUCUUCAACUUCUGUUCGAGAAGGUUCACGAUGAAAACUGUACUCAUGUUAGCUGACCAGAUGAUCAGUAGAGUCGAGUAUGUGCACACAAAGAACUUUCUACACAGAGACAUUAAACCGGAUAACUUCCUGAUGGGCAUCGGGCGUCACUGUAACAAGUUGUUCCUUAUUGAUUUUGGCUUGGCCAAAAAGUACAGAGACAACAGGACGAGGCAACACAUCCCAUACAGAGAAGAUAAACACCUCACUGGCACUGUCCGGUAUGCUAGCAUCAAUGCACAUCUUGGUAUUGAGCAGAGUCGCCGAGAUGACAUGGAAUCAUUAGGCUAUGUUUUGAUGUAUUUUAAUAGAACCAACCUGCCAUGGCAAGGACUAAAGGCUCUAACAAAGAAACAAAAAUAUGAAAAGAUUAGUGAAAAGAAGAUGUCCACGCCUGUCGAGGUUUUAUGUAAGGGAUUUCCCUCAGAAUUUGCCAUGUACUUAAACUAUUGUCGUGGGCUGCGCUUUGAGGAAGUUCCGGAUUACAUUUAUCUGAGACAGCUGUUCCGCAUUCUUUUCAGGACCCUGAACCACCAAUAUGACUACACAUUUGAUUGGACAAUGUUGAAACAGAAAGCCGCACAGCAGGCAACCACUACCAACGAGCAGGGCCAGCAGGGCCAGCUGGCCCACACCUCCACAAGUAAGCCACAGGAGAAAGGCAAGGGUAACCCAAAAGGUUACUAAGUAUGAAUUGAGGAA